GUUGUCCUUCUUCUCAUGCAUCCUGUCGAGUAUAUUCUUACAUCCAUCCCUCUUCGCCUCUCCAUCAGAGCACCAGGCAGCGUCAAAGGCGGCCUUCUGCAAUCGACAACGAGAUCCGAGUAUCCGUGCACCCUUGGCCGUUUCGUCUUGUCUCCCUCAAACGUCCGUAUCUCUGUCACCUCCUCUUCUCAUCUCCCUGUUGCUGCCAUUCGCUGCAUUCUUGCCCCCUUUAUAAUCCUCUGACUAUACCUGCCCAGUAACACACACUCUUUCCACCACCACGCUCAUUACAAAUCCCCGUCAAAUCACUCACAACAACACCCAUCAUGGUGGCCAUCAACCUCCUUCCUCUCUUCCUCGUCCUCCCCACGCUUGCUCUCGCCAGCCACAGCUCUCCCCUCGACGCUCGUAGCCCCCACCGUCGUCUCAACCAUGCGCGUGCCGCAUCCUUUGCUCUCGGGCAAGCCUCCGACUCUGUUGUGAAGAGGGCGGCUUCCGGUAGCAUUGAGGAGAAGAUGGCCAGGAAGAGGGACGGUAAAGACAUGGCCAACUUGGCCAAGAGAGCGGCUGAUGGGACAAAAUGCCGAAAGAGGGGCGAAAGCUACACCCCUACCGGCGUCAGCAGUACGCUCUCGGCCUCGAGCACUGUUGUUUCCUCUACCGAGGUCAUCAGUUCUGCUGUGAGCACGGCCGAUGUGUCUAGCACCCCAGCUUCGAGCGAGGCUGUUGAGACUCCUGCUAGCACCCAGGCGAGCUCUACGGAUGCCCAGUCUUCUACCAUCGUCAACCAGCAAGUUUGGGUCGACGACGCUACUUCGACUUCUUCCUCUGUUGCUGCCGCCCCGAGCACAACUUCGGCCGCUGCUACCUCUACAUCCUCUGCCUCCUCCAGCACCGGCUCGAGUGUGGUCAGCUAUGCCAACUUGACCCCUAACGGGAACAAGGCCGGUCUCAGUGCCGGCGAUGCCUUGCCUUGGGUCAAAGACCACAUUGGAUGGUGGUACGACUGGUCUGCCAAUCCCUCAGGAGACAGUGGAUCUGCUGUAGCUAUCCCUUGUAUUUGGGGUUCCGGUAAAGCCGACUCCACCGACGCCUCUCGCUUGUCCGUCUUCUCCGCCAUCACCAGCACACCCAGCUACAUCAUUGGAUUCGAGGAGCCCGACUGUGAUGCUGGAUCCGGCAGUUCCGGAUUCGACGUUGCCACUGGUAUCGCCUUGUGGGACUCUCUUGUGGCUCCUCAUGGUGACGCGGGCUCUGUCCUUGUUGGGCCUUCCAUGUGCAAGCAGGCCGCCGAGAGUGGGUGGCUCAGCCCCUUCUUGAGCGCUGUUACCAGGAAGCCCGACAUUAUGAACAUCCACGUCAACAAGAACAGUGCCGCCGGUAUCAACACUGAUAUUGACCACUACUGGAACACUUACGGUCUUCCUAUCUGGGUCACUGAAUUUGCUUGCGGUAUGUCCGUGAUAUAGUGAGGGAAGAGACACUGACCGGAGCGUAUAGUCGACGACUCUUCUUCGUUCAUUCCUUGCACUGACCAGAGCGAGAUCAACACCUUUAUCCAGACUGCCGUUGACAUCUUUGAGAACGAUUACAGGAUUGCCGGCUAUGCCUACUCUAACGGUGAUGGUUUGUCUGAUGCGUGGGCCAUGGUGAAGGAUGGCGCUCUGAGCGAGUCCGGCCAGACUUACCUCGCCGCUAUCAGCAAAUACCAUUAAACGAUUGGAUAUCAUGAUUCAAUCAAACAUUCAUGACUCGCUGUAAUCUUUGUUUGACCUUUUUCGGUCGAUACGAAUAUACCCUUCUUGAUACCCUUUGCGUGCUUUGCUUGCUGACCUUUUCUUGUCUUUUUGGUCUUUGUGGAAAGAGAUCUCUGCUGGAGCUUGCGCGAGCGAGAGCUCUGUGGUAGAUUGUCACUAAAUGCAGUCUGAGAUUGUGUACAACAGCCAGCCAAUUUGAGAUACAGGCGAGUCUGAUGGAUCGAGCCCACUUGCCUCAAGAGUUGAAAGUAUUGUCGAAUGUCAA